CGAGAGGAGGAGGAGGAGGAGGGGGAGGAGGAGGGGUCUGGCUACUGGAGGCUACAAAAUACAGAGAGGCUUCAAAACACAGAGCUGUCUGCUCUGGUCUGCUCUGGAGGCUGAGACAGCUGGGUGAAGAACAUUAGGAAGAAGAAGGAGGUUUGGAAGGAGACUGGAGUCUGGAGGAACGAAACAUCAGCAUCAGCAUCACUCAAGGAAUUACAGGAACAUCUGGGCAAGCAAAGGCUCUGGGUUGAGUCAACAGGACACAAGGGAAACCCUGAGACAAGAGGAAAUACCACCCACGAGCUGGCUUUAUCACGAGCAGUCACACUGUAACUAAGCCACGCGACUGAUAAUCACCACAGUGCCACACAUGCCAUUUUUAUGGAAUGCACACACUUGAUCUGAGGAUGUUUAGACCAUAGUAAGACUGUAGUAAGAAGGUGUGGAUGGUCUAAGAUGGCAUGGGAGCUUCUGUAUACAGAGAACUGAGGAAUAGACCUUAAGGACUACUUUAAAAAAGAACAGAGAACAGAGAUGCUGAUCUGACUCCAAAGAACUGGGAAUCUCCAUCCAAGAAACCAAGAACUAGAUUCACACCAAUGCUUCUUUAAUCUUUAUCUUGAGGACCAUUUCAAUUGUCGAAGCAACAACUUGAGCUGGUAUUUGAUCAAGGAUUUGCAACUCAAAGUGCUCUUGCAACUCAAAUAACUCUUAGGGACCAAGGAUUUGAGAAACAGUCUCCAAACCAAGGUUGAGAGGAUCGAAAAACGUUUGAGGACCACUUUCAAGCUGUUAUCUGACUCCAAACCAAGUAUAAAAGGAUCUACAAACUCUUAAAAGAGCUGUUUUUAAUCAAGAAUUUGAGAUACAAUCUCCAAACCUAUAUUAAGAGACAAACUACAAACUCUUAAGGGUCACAUUCAAGCUGAUAUUUGACCGAGGAUUUUCAAAUCAAUCUCCAAAGCAAGGUUGAGAGGAUCUACAAACUCUUAAAAAACACAUCUACUCUCUCAAGGAACAACCUGAGAUGGUUUUAUGAUCAAGAAUUUGAGACACAAUCUCCAAACCCAAGGUUCAGAGGACCUGAAAACACUUAAGGGUCACGUUCAAGCUGUUAUUUGACUAAGGAUUUAAGAUAUAAUCUUCAAACCAAGGUUGAGAGGAUCUACAAACUCUUAAAAGAGACCUCCACUCUUUCAACGAACAACUUGAGCUGAUUUUUUUAUCAAGAAUUUGAGAUACAAUCUUCAAAACUAUAUAAGAAGACAAAUUAAUCCCCAAAGCAAGGCUGAAAAGACACCAAUAAAGUCUUGAGGAUGACUUUGAUGCAAACUAUUUCGAUUCCCUCCAAAAAAGAACAUGCAAGCAAGUUGACCAAGGAUUUAUGACUCAAUCUCCAAAUCGAGACUGAGAGAACCAACAAACUGUUGAGGACCACUUAAAUUUCCUGACUAAAAAUGCUCUCUAAAUUUUGAUUGAGAACUGAGGAUUCAUUUUUAACAUUGGACAGCAGCAUCUUUUAUAAUUUUAAGGUUAUUUCUUGAAGCAAUUCCUCUUCUGCAAUCUGAGGACUACAGAACCAUUAGUUGACUCCCUGGACUGGGAUGGGACCAGCACUCUGAGGAUUUGCCUAAAGGACUGCCCUCUAACACUGCAGCAUGUUGCCCUGGCUUGGGGCAGGAGGGCCACUGUUGCCCCUGGUCCUGAGCCUCCUGCUGAGUUCCUGUCCAGCACAAGAGAGCCACGAACAUCUAGAGUUUGAGGAAGACAGCAACACAGUGAGCACAGAAAGCCCGGAGGCAGUGUCCUCAGAUAUGACGAUAGUUAGUCCUCACAGAACCUGGAGAAUCUUCAUAGACAACUCCAAUAAGGGCGGGAACAAGAAGCCCAAACAGAACAAAAGAAUCUCGAAGCAUGGUCUUCCCGGUCCUCCAGGACCUCCAGGGCCACAGGGUCCACCUGGGCUACCUGGCCCCAUGCUGCCUAACCAGGAUGAGAUCAUGGAAGAUCUCCAGGGGAAGCUGAAAGAGAUGGUGGGGACCCACUGCCUGCUCUGCGAUCAGCCCCCCCGCGUGGCCACGGCCUUCCACUGCCAUCUGCACCGCAACCUGCUGGUCCACCGCCGAAGCCUGCAGGAGCUCCAGCCCUUCAGCAGCCCCUCAGAUGCAGAGCAGUUUCACCAGCGAGGUCAAGGCUUCAACGCCAGCAAUGGCCGCUAUACAGCUCCUGUUUCUGGCUUCUACCAGCUCACAGCCAGCCUAGUACUGGAAUCCAGCGAGAGUCAGAAAAGGCCUCAAGCGAGACAGAGGGACAGCAUUAAAGCCUCCAUAUGUAUAGAGUCCCUCUGCCAGAGCAAUGUAUCUUUGGAGACAGUAACAGGGGUGAGUCCAGCAGGGGGCGUCUUCAGCAUCCUACUGACAGGAACCCUAUACCUGCAGGUUGGAGAAUAUGUAUCUAUUCUUAUUGAUAAUGGAACCGGCUCAGCGCUGACCGUCCUCCAAGACACUUUAUUCUCUGGGAUUCUCCUUGGAGUAUGAGACUGAACACACACUAUAUAUAUAUAUAUAUAUAUAUAUAUAUAUAUAUAUAAAUAAAAUAAACCAUCCAACUCAUAAAGCUGCCUCUACAAACCCAUAUUUCUUGGCUUCCAGCACAUCAGUAAUUAUUACAGUACAGAGAAGAACAUUUUCUCCAAAAAUCAAACCAAAAAAAAGCUUCAGCAAUAAUUAUUCUGUGUAAAAUUAUUAUUAUUAUUAAUAUUAUUAUUAUUACUUCUACCAGGGCAUCAGGAUAAAACUCCAGUUUUAAAGCAUCUUUAAAACCUUUAAACCUCUGUUGAUAGAGAUGUAUGUAUUUUUCCAUGUGCUGUGUUUAUAUAUCACACGUUUUACAGUCAACAGGGUACAGAAACUUUAUGUAUUUAUUUGCAUUUCUUUUUGAAAAAUAAAAAAAGUUUGUUACGUGUGAAUGCUAAAUAUAAUAAAGUUAAAAAUAUGUUUUUUAAAUCCUUA